UAUGAAUAAUAAAGUGUUGCUGCUCCAAAAACGACCUGAUGAGUCUUUCCCUUAAAAUAUGAAUUUCUUCGAAAUACAAUCAUAACCUACACCUCAAUUAGAUAAGGGAGAAAUCCUUAUUCGUGUACUAUUCAUUGGUAUUGAUCCUGUCAUGAGGGUUUGGCUAUCGGGUGCUAAAACAUACAUAGAUUCAGUAAAAAUUGGUUAAGUAAUGCCAGCCUUUGGAGUAGGACAAUGUAUUGAGAGCAAUGCUAAGAAUUGGAAUCCAGGUAAUUUAAAUUUUCUAAAUAUUCUUUAGGACAAUUAGUCUUUGGAAUAAUGGAAUGUGCUUAAUAUUGUGUUAGAAAGAUAAAUAAAUUAUUUAAGGUGCCAUCUUUUGUAGAAAUAGGUGAUCCAAUAAUUCCUUUGACUUUGUCUAUGUAAUUGAAUUUGAAUUAAAUAUUAGUUAUGGUGUGACAGGUUUAACUGCUCUGAAUGCCAUGAAAUAAAUACCAGAAUAGAAUCAACCUACUUAAGAAAGGCCUAAAACUCUUUGUGUUUCUUCAGCAGCUGGUUCAACAGGAUCAGUUGUUUGUUAAAUAGCAAAGAGAAUGGGAUAUAGAGUAGUGGGGAUAGUGAGUAGUUAGGAGAAGGUUGAAUUCUUAAAAGAACUUGGUGUUGAUGAAUGUGUUACAUAUAAUUAAUGUAAGCAAAAUGAAGAAAUAAAUGUGAAGUAAAUAUUAUUAAUAACAUUAAUUAGUUAAUUAACAAAAUUAUUAAAAUCUCAUGCAUCUCAAGGAAUAGAUGUUUAUUAUGAUAAUGCAGGAGAAGAAAUCUUAGAUGCAGUAAUACCAGUAUUAAAUAAGAAUGGAUAUGUAUUGUUAUGUGGAGCUACUUCUACAUAUAAUUCAUGGAAACAAAGAUGUGGUUUGAAGAAUUUGGCAUAAGCUAUUGGAAAUUCAAUAAAAUUUGAAGGAAUAAUGUUUUUGAAUGAAAAAUAAAAGAUGUAUGAUGGAUUUGCUGAGAUGGUUGAAAUGGUCAAUGAAGGAUCAAUAAAACAUUAGGAAGAAAUACUUUUAGGCAUAGAAUAAUUCGUAAUUGGACUAUAGAAUGUAUUUUUAGGGAAGAAUAAAGGAAAGACAAUCAUUUAAAUAUAUGAUAAUUAAUUAUAAUAAGCUAAAUUAUGA